UGCAAAAGGACCGCUGAUGUCUACGUCCCGGAUGACACCAACCAAUCAGUGCACUAUGCAACGCAGUAUCAUCGAGGUGGGCUGAGCUAAGAACUAGUUGAGAGCGACAGUGCACACGGGAGAUAACGCUGGCGAUAACACCUGCUAUCGAACUUACUCGGCAAAAAGAGACAAAACAGUCACUACUGGUAUACUGUGCUACAGUGUGCGUGUCUUAAAAAAACCACACAUAUGUUCCAUUGUAUACCAAGUGCUUCAGUAAAUGAAAAUCACAUCUAAUACCCUGAGUGCCUCUCUUCAAUUAAGUAACCAUCUCACUCAGUUCUGACCGACUGCCUAUUGUGUUUCACACCCAAAUUUAAUACAUCCACGAACCCCUCCAUUUCAAGUGGUCCUUCGAGCCGGAUUGAGUGAAUCACAGUAGAGAGAUGAUGUCGAAUUCUGAGCCAUAUCCUCCUGUUGUCAGACCUAGACGACAAAUAAGACAACCUGCAUAUCUAGCAGAUUAUGAAGUUCAUGGAUCAGGCUUUGUGAAGAGAGCUCCAGUAUCUAAUCGCCUGAGUGAAUACGCCAAUGAAGCAGUCGCACCCAUGUCAGCCAAUGUAUCACGAUCAUCUUCUCCGACGAGUCAGCCCUCAUACACAGAUGAUCUAAUAAUCCAAGAUGUACGGCCAGAGCCAUCUGGAUAUGAAUCGCCAGGGUAUGAUAAGCAACACUUUCAAGUCCAGCAGACCUCUGAUAUAAAGUCUAUGUGCAUGCAGAUGAAGAGGGACAAUGACGAGCUCCGUAGCUCCAUUCUACCAGAAAUCCUUUCAGCGCUUCAAGGGCUCAAGGAGGAGAAUGCUACAUUAAGACAGGAGAUCCAGCAGCAUAGCCCCAGCAUUCAGACACCAAUACCAGCUCCCCGCACUCACUUGCCACCCUCAGUCAUUAGUCAUGGAAGCUCCAGAGCGCAUAGUGGUGAAGUUUCUACUCCUCAACCAGCCCGUUAUGAGCAGCUGACAGAGCAAAUGGGAGAUAUGACUUUAACUUCUAGGAUGUCACAUGUAGUUGAUGGUCAUGGUGUACAUUCUCAGAGGGCACACACAUAUUCAGCCCAGCCUUCAGGAACAGGACAUUAUGAAAAUGUGCCCCUUGGUCCAAGAUACCAUUAUCUUCAGACAGAAAGAGAAUUCAGUCCAGCCUCACGCCCAGAGUUAGUGCCUAAGAUGGAGAAGCUGCAUACCCAAGAGCAGAUUUAUCGAGGCCCUAAGCCUACAAUUCCCAGCUUGACAGCAGCUGACCCAAGACAGUUUUCCAGACUACGUAUGGCACUGGAGAAUAUUCUGCCAGCAGAUGCGAGUGAACGUUUUAAGUAUCAGAUUCUGACAGAUCAUUUGGAGCUUGAAGAGGCUCUCCUGGUGGCAGACUCCUACUGUAAUUCUGUGAGACCCUACACAGACACGAUGCACGCUCUGGUUAAGAUGUACGGUCAGCCCCACAAGCUCGUUCUGCAGAGUAUCGCAGAAGUGCUGGAAAGUCCCAACCUUAAGUCAGGAGAUGUUAAAUCUUUCAAGCUCUUUGCUCUUUGA